UGUUCACAUGCUUAGAACUGAAGCUUUAAAAAUUGGCAGUGCUGUUUAAGCAAACAAAGCCAGUUCGUUGAACGCAAUGAUUAACAGGAAGUUGGGGAGCGGACACAGUUGCCAACCCUUGGCUGGGAGAAGAGGCUGGGGUAGAAGUCGUAGGGGGAUGACUUGCAGAAUGGUGAACUCAGUCCUUGGUGUUUUUACGGUAGUGAUAGGUGGCUGCAUUAGAAUCGGAAUCUCCCUGAGGCAGCUUGUUUUUGUGUGGUAACAGGUUGCAGGUUAACGGGAGCCGGAGCAAAGCAAAUCCAAAGAAGCUACUUCAGAAAUGUGUCGAAGAAAGGUGGAAAUGAAACACAGUGGAGAAUGAGAAGGGAAGGAAGACAGCGAAAGGACAAAACGGUCAACUGGAAGGGCACGGAGCAGCUGAUCAGAAUUGUGUCUACCGAGAGGAUGAUUUAUGGAUUCUGGAGAAAAUGUAAGUUAAAUAUAUCUAUACUCUGAUCAGCUCUUGAAAAACAUUUCCCUCACUUUCUGGUCUUGAAUGAUGGUCUCUUGGAAGCAUUGUCUUUUUACUGUGUCUCUUAUCACUGCCCUGAUUUUUGUAUUUGUUUACAAUAAUGAGUUAUGGGAGGAGAAGCAUUUUCUGAAGGCAUCUCUGUCCAAUGCUUCACUGUUAGCACAAGUCUGUCAUCAGAUUUUUAAGGGGAAGGUUUUUUACCCAAGAGAGAAUGCACUGAAAACUACCCUCAGCAAAUCUACCUGUUAUGAGUACAUGGCUCAAAGUCACUAUAUAACAGAAACACUAUCAGAAGAGGAAGCAGAGUUCCCUUUGGCUUAUAUGGUGACCAUCCAUAAAGACUUUGGCACUUUUGAGAGACUCUUCAGGGCAAUUUACAUGCCCCAAAAUGUCUACUGUGUUCACAUGGAUGAGAAGGCAACAGAUACAUUUAAAGAUUCAGUGAAGCGAUUACUGAGCUGCUUCCCAAAUACUUUCCUGGCCUCUAAGAUGGAGCUGGUUGUCUAUGGGGGGAUCUCCAGGCUCCAGGCUGACCUGAACUGCCUCAAAGACCUCGUGGUGUCUGAGGUGCCCUGGAAGUACGCCAUCAACACGUGUGGGCAAGACUUUCCCCUGAAGACCAACAAGGAGAUCGUUCGGUAUCUGAAAGGCUUUAAAGGGAAAAACAUCACCCCGGGGGUGCUGCCCCCAGCUCACGCCAUUGGACGGACUAAAUAUGUCCACCAGGAGCUAUUAAGAAAAAAAAAUUCCUACGUGCUUAAAACAACAAAAUUAAAAACUCCACCUCCUCACAACAUGACCAUUUACUUUGGUACUGCCUAUGUGGCCCUCACAAGGGAAUUUGCCAACUUUGUCCUCCAAGACCAGCGUGCGCUUGACUUACUCUCCUGGUCCAAGGACACUUACAGCCCUGAUGAGCAUUUCUGGGUGACGCUCAAUAGGAUCCCAGGUGUCCCUGGCUCCAUGCCAAAUGCAUCAUGGACUGGUAACCUCAGGGCUAUAAAGUGGAUGGACAUGGAAGAUAAACACGGAGGCUGCCAUGGCCGCUACGUACACGGCAUCUGUAUCUACGGAAACGGAGACUUGAAGUGGUUGAUUAAUUCGCCCAGCCUCUUCGCUAACAAGUUUGAGCUUACCACGUACCCCCUCACUGUGGAAUGCCUGGAGCUGAGGCUUCGAGAAAGAACCCUAAAUCAGAGUGAAACCGUAAUUCAACCCAGCUGGUAUUUCUGAUCCCCUGUAACACGGGCUCAGCGGGCGCCCGAGGCCGGGGAGAAGAGCCUUGCUUCGUGCGAGAACUCUGCCUCGUUUAGGGGAGGAGGUGCCGGAGUGAGGUUAGGGCUGCAGAACCUGGCCCUGUCGUUCUGUGUGAAGACAUCUGUGGACACUGUGAACUCUGCCCAUCAGGGUGGUUCCCCGGGGCGAGGCGAGCCUUUUGGCCUCACCAGUGGCCUCCCGAUGUUCCUUCCAUGUGGGGCUGAUGCUCUGAUCGGUGAUAAAUUGAACUGACGUCAGACCUUGGCACCAGAUGCUCACUGGAGAGACACGUUUUCAUGAAAAGGAGAACUGUAGAUAAGAAAAGGAGAACUGUUGAGGGAAAUAGGAAUUGUGUCUCUUUGAAGGAGUCUUCUCUGACAGGUCUGUAGCUACGCAUUCAUGGACACAAGUCCUCUCUGCUCAGCUGCGUGGAGGCAUAGAAACAGCUUUCUGGGCAACUCAGCCAUCUCCUUUAGAACUUGAGCUACCACAAGGGAGAACUAGGUCUUGUUCCCGAGUUCCAACACUAGCAUUUCCGGUUGACUGUGUCUGGAGUUCUGUGUAGAAGGUAAAGUCAUUGACAGGAGGCGGGAUAUGCUUUUCGGACAGUGGCCACUGCUUCCUGCUUCAGCAAAGGGAUCCCAGGGAAACUGGACUUUUCUUGGGGUGUGUCUAGAAUGUGCGCUAGUCCCCCUGCCGUUGCUUUCCAUGGAGAACGCCGAAACGUUCCCAAGAAUGAAGAUAUUUCUAGAAGAGAGGUGCUAUUGCGUGAAUCUUGUCCCGAGUCUCUAGCCUCAGAAUGAGUCACUUUCCUCUUUGGUCACCACCCUCCAUCCCCACCGAAGUGAUCUUACCUGCAAAAUGGAGUCCAGUUUCUACGCCAUGAGGCUUCAAGGACUCCAGAGUAUUCUCUGAGUAGGUUUACAGUGCUUAGUGCUAGUAAGAGCCACUAGGUUUCUAAGAGCUCUCCACUGUGAUGAGCCUUCUGUGUCACCGAUCCCUCGUCUCGUUCCUUUAUCCAACUCAUUCAUUCAGCAUGCAGUCAGUACAUAUUUGUUGAGUGCCUGUUGUACACCACACCCAUCUUGGACACCAGGAGAAAAGGGAGACAGAAGCUUUUUCACUCUAAAGUUCUUGGUAAUAGCAUCAACUUCGAAAAGGCAGCUGUAGAGAAUCUCCCGGAUUGCUUGUAUUUUAAUACUUUCAUGUGCAAAGUUAUAGAUUUGGGAUAUCAGGCCAAGAAUAUGAGUAAUUAGAAAUUGAGGUCUGGCGGUCCCUAGGUGGCUCAGUCUGUUAAGCGUCUGCACUCAGCUCAGGUCAUGAUCCUGGAGACCUGGGAUCGAGCCCCACAUCGGGCUCCCUGCUCCACGGGGAGUCUGCUUCUCCCUCUCCCUCUGCCCUUCCCCAUCCCACCCUCCAUUCAUUCUCUCUCUCAAAUAAGUAAAAUCUUUAAAAAAAAAAAAGAAAUCAAGGUCUAAAUCAGAGAUAUUAGAGAUCAUUGCAAAGGGAGAAGGGUAGGAAUAGACAAGCUAAAGCCUGUUGCGUUGUAGGCAUCCUGACAGCUCCCUUACGGCUCGUUGCGCUAAAACCUUACAACACCUGGGAGGCUCACAAGAUUGCCUCCAUUUUGCAGAUGAAGUGAGGCUUACAGACUUUAUUAAUAAGCGUUAGGAAACAAAUUCUCUGAGGAUAGGGGUGUUCUUACUGGUCUCCUUCGUUCGAUUUCCUGAGAUGGAGUAUUUAGAGAAGGUGAAAUAAAGCCAUAUUUAGUAUACCAGAGACGGUAGGUUUUAAGAAGAAGGGUCUCAGCAUUAAUGUGAGAAAAUGUGCUGUCACCUCAGAAAAAUGUGAAGUCUACUCUUAUCCUCCUAAAUCCAUUAAGUUCCUUAAUAUUUAUUUAUUCUAACAAAAAAAAGUUACUACAACUAAUGAUAUCUUUAAUUCACAAAUUUUAUUCUUUUUUCCUGUGACUGUGCCUGUUGAGUGUUAAUUGUAUUUAAGGGAGUGGCUUUGAAGUAAAGCCGCCUUUUGUUCCUGCUACUGAAAAAGAUGUAGCUGUGCAGAGUGGUAAAGGCUUGAAGCAGAGGAAACACACCCAGAGCUAAUGGAGUCUAAGAACCAUCUUUUUUUUUUUUUCCACUUUAAAUGACCCCACCCGAGAAGAAGGAAUGUUUAACACUGGAUCUUUCUCAUCUAGAACGAGACUCUUUUUUGGAGUAGAAGAUGUUUAUAUGUCUGUUGCUGGUCAUCUCUGUGUCUUGCAUUUUUUAAUAUUGGAAGAUUGUAGUGUUUGGGCCAGUGGGUUUCUGCUAGCCCAUGGGGACGGUUGAAACUACUAAAUCCAUCCUUGAUUGCAAUGAUGUUCCACGUUGUUGUCUUAGAAAUAAAUUAAUAUAUUGUUUUCA